UGUCAAAUUAGUCAAAUUUUGACAGUCAGUUUUGAAGAACAUACCUAUGUGUUUCAUACUUAUCAACUAAAUACAAAUAAUUGUUUAUACAUUUUAAAACAUGGAAAUUUGAAUGAAAAUAAAUCAUGGUGGUAAAUGCACCAGAUUCGCCUAUACAGGCGGAAGUAAUUUUUGUUAUUGAAGCCACAUCUACGAAUGGAGCAUACAUUAGUGAACUGAAAACGAAUUAUUUAAUUCCUACACUUGAAUAUUUCCAUGGAGGUGCAUUAGAGGAAGGUGGUGGUAAUGGUUCAGUGUACUGCAUAGUUACAUACCGGGCAGCUGACUGCCACCCUGGGCUGCCUGUUUCUGUAUAUGGACCAUUCACAACACCACAGAAUGUUAUUGAGACAGUUGACAAACUUCAAUAUGUAGGUGGACACGCAGAGAGUCGAGCAUGUGUCACAGAAGCACUAACAACAGCACUGGCUUGUUUCGAGGAGCUCGGCAGAACCGACUUACCAAUGCACAUUCUAUUGAUGUGUACUUCUCCACCAUAUUCUGCAUAUGCUGGGGGACUGCCACCGCCAGGUGCCCCAGCAACUGUGGAUCAAGCUGCUCGGCUGGUAAACGAGCGUGGCGUCCAGCUGUCCAUAGUGGCAGCUCGGAGGAUGCCCACUUUAAACUCCCUCUAUGAACAUGCGGGGGGUGAGCUACACCAGGCACAGCAAAGGAACUACGCUAAGGAUCCAAGGCACUUGGUACUACUCCGUGGUUACAGUUUGAAGGAGCGACCGCCUAGUCCAGCCCCACCGCCAGUGCCUGACAUACAGACGGAUAUGUAUGGACAAGGACGUGGCGCGGGCGUGGGCGUGGGCGUGGGCGUGGGCGUGGGCGUGGGCGUGGGCGUGGGUGGCGGAGUGGGUGUGAACACGGCGAACCCGCCGCGGGCCGCGGGCCCGCUGUUCCCGCGCGCGGCCGUGGGCGGGCGCGGCGGCUGGCCGGUGCCGCGGCAGCCGCUCACGUAUGCCAACUCCGCGCUGCUCACGCAACUCGCACAGCCCUCCUUUCCGCCGCCGCCACCGCAGCAGACUAUUUCUAAUCAGCGAAUGCCGAAUAUGCUCACUCCGGGACCAUCGACGUCCCCGGCUACCGGUCCUCCUCCGCCGCCCCAACGUUCCAUCGUGUGGAAUGGCGUGAUCGAGUGGAUGGAGAAGGGGAAGGCGCCUGGUGAUCAGACGAAGACCACCAGGCAUCUGCCUUGCCAAGUGUCGGCUAGUUCCAAGGAUGUAGAGCCCGACCUGAAGGUGGAUACGUGGCCGAGCAAGCUCCUCAUGCAGUUGAUGCCCAAGCAGCUGAUCAGCAACAUAGGCGGGGCGUACCUCAAAGAAAGCAAAUCUGUUUUGUUUCACCUCCAGCCAAGUGAAGCGUUGGAUGCACUUACUAAAGUCAUGGUUAACGGGUUUGCGGGUUGUGUACACUUUUCACCGAUGCCGACACCACCGCAGUGCGAUAUCAAAGUGUUGAUAUUACUAUACACGCCCGAUAAGAAGGCAUACCUCGGGUUUAUACCCAACAAUCAGGCCGCAUUCGUCGACAGACUUAGGAAGGUGAUACAACAGCAGAAAAUCACUCAAAUUAUAAAUAAACAACAAAUGCCGACGGGCGCGGGCGGUUCUAUGCCCACUUCCACUAUGGCAGGUGCCAUGCCGACGCCUGGAAUGUCCAGCGCCGGUAUGGGCAGUGGGGCCACCAUGGGGCCAGGCCCGAGCAUGGGUCCGGGCGGCACUAUGGGCCCGGGCUCAAGCAUGGGCCCUGGCACUAGCAUGGCCGGUGGAAUGCCCGUGGGCAACGUUGGGCAAAUGACCGGGGUGCCGACCAGUCAAAGUAUGGUGCAGACUCAGAUGCAGCAGCAUCCACAGGGUAUGAUGAUAGGCGGAAUGGGCGGGCAAGUUCAGCAAGUGGGCGGCAAGGGUCCUCGGCCGGUGACCCAGCUGGACGGACUGGAGGCCGCCCGCCAGCAGAACCUGGAGAAGAUACAACACUUGCAGCAGACGAUGGAUGCUGCCCAUCAGCAGGCCGCUCACCAGCAAGCCGCCCAGCAGCAGUACAAGUCACAGAUGGACUUGAUGUCGCAUUUCCACGCUCAGUCGGAGCAUUACAAACAAAUGGAGUUACAACAGCAACUACAACAACAGUUGAGAAACGCCGGGGCGGGCCCCUCAGUGGCGGGGGGACACCCUUCCCGGAUAAUGAGGCCCCUGCUACCGUCCAACCCUGGACUCAGACACCUGCUACAGCAGCAACAGCAGGUCCCGCGCGGCGGUCGACCGCACAUGUGAGCCGCCCACCGUACACCGCACUCACACGCACAACAACCGCAGUACAGGCCGGGUGGUGGCGCGGCUCGGCCAUCUGCGCAGUCGCAACAGUUUGACGACGUUUCAAAUUAUGACUUCCUCUAGAUAAGUAUUUAGUUUUAAGUAUGUUAUAGGUAUAAUUUACAUUUGUAUUUUAGUCACUGCCCUUACAUGAACUUUGUAUUGGCACAAGAAUUAUUAUUAUAUUAUAUUGAUCACAUACCUAAAUUGUUUAGUGUUUAUAUGUGACAGUUAUCUCACUUUACCUUUUUUUUAUAUGUAUGUUUUACGGCUCUGGAAACAGGUAUUUUUGAGCCUCUUCUUUAAAGUUCGAAAUGUCGAAUCUUAGCUCUUAUAUAUUGACAGGUAUACGGACAGCGUUGCCAGAAUCGAAUUUAAAAUAUUUUUUUCCUUUAAAAGUUGUCACUAUUUUCAUUACUGUUAACGAGUCAUAAAUCUUUGUCGGAUAUUAGUACUUUUUUUUAACGAACGACAAAACAAGGGCGCCGUCCGCUGUUUUUUUUUUCUUUUAUUACUAUUUUCAUUGGUAUAUUCUAUGGAUACACUGCUAUACAGUUAUUUCUCCGAAAAUUUCUUUCCAACAAUUUUCUUUCUCUAAAAUUUUACUUUUGAGAAUCGACGAAAUGAAAUAUUUUUUUCCCAAAAUUGAAUAAAAAAUUUCCAAUCUGGUAACACUGUUCAUAUAGCUUGCUUGUCAUUUCAAGUUUAUUUGAAAUAUUUUAUACAAAGUCGUGUAUAUGGUUAGUUCUGUCCUACUCGGAUUUCUACCGCUAAGCAGCUGUGCUGGCAUAGUUAUGUUUCAGUUUGUAGGACGAGAUCCGGCAGUGAAAUAAUUGAUAAUGGAAAAAAACCUAAUCUUUAUGAUUAGUAAUACACGAGAUGUAUUAGAUACCAAUGGUAUUCUGUUAUGUCUAUGGUACUUUACAUAUCUAUGGCAACAAUCAGUACGUUUGCCAUUCCUAUUCGUGCAAAAGCAACAAAAAUAUUUAACUACAAAUAGGCAACGUUUAUUUAAUGUACUAUUUGUUUAGUAAAUAUUUAAAAACUGUGAAAGGAAUGGCGAAAAGUUGAAAAUAAUUAGACAAAUAUAUGGGCUGCAUCGAGCCCCAGAUUCUUCCCAAUGGAAGACUUUUGAUAAGUCUAUUAGCAAGACAAUAAUAAUAAUUUUGUAAUAUUUUAUUUUUUUUAUCAUAUCAUUAUAAUUUAUGUUUUAUUCAGUUUUAAAUUAUUAUCAAAAUUUUAUAAUAUACUAUAAUAUGUGAUGUAUAAAUAUAACAUUUGAAAUUCAGUGAUAGUAUUGUUGAAAUCGAACAACUCAUCUACAAGGAAUAGCUUCUAAUAAUAAAAUAAUGUUUGAACUUUUCAUAGUAAGCUGAUCACGUAUCUCAUUGAACAACUUUUCAAGCAUACAUUGUGAUACAAUUUGAUAUUUUUCAUAAUCCGGUACGAAGGAUCAAAUUUUGUUAGCAAUAUCUAGUCCGGCUAUAUCUACAAUUGUGGUUAAUUCCAAGUGAAUUCCAUCACCGUGGUCCAACUGAUCAUCAUCAUCAUUAUUUUCAUCUAUUAACUCUUUGGUGCCCUGCAUUGCCCUUAUUGUAACAAUAGCGCAAGCAGGGUUACCAUUCUAUUUUCAUCUCACUAAAAAGACUUUUCAUUUUUAUCACAGAUCUUUUUCCACAUUUUUGUAGAAAGUUGUUCAGUUUUAUAAAUACUACCUCUGUAUGUAACGACAUUAUCUUACUAGCCCAUUUUGUACUGUAUAAAUUGAUAUUAUGUAAAUAGGCACUGUACCUAUACUAUAUUGUGAGAUGUGAAAUGAAAUGAGACUAUGUGAAUAAUAGUGUUGUUAUAUUUUGUACAAAUUAUAAUAAAGUCUGAAUUUUACUAUAAGAAAACCGAU